CCACGCAGAUUUACAAAUCUGCGAUGCACUGCGUGUCCACCUAAGAAUGUACGAUAAUUUCGGUUUCUAAAAUUUAAUUAUUACCUUUUCCUUUUUUUUAUUUGGUGCGACGCAGUCUACCUGCUCAUAUUCCCUUUCUCUCCUAUUCUCUCAUACAUAUCCUGCCUCCCCUGUACAACUCUUUCUCUCUCGUAUUUUCCAGAUCUCCAUUGUUGAAACUCCAAAGCUUCUCUGUCGAUCUCUCCUUCAAAAUCAAUAUCGAGCUUUCCCUUCAAAGUCUCCUCUCACCAAAUCAUCCCAAUCUCUCAUAUUUGUUUUAAAAUUCAAGCUUAGCGAAUACGAAGGAGGCAAACCCAGAUCUGAAAGCGAUGACUUCUUCAGCCAGAUUUCAAGCCGCGUUCUCUGAAAACUCCAGCUCUGAGUUGGAUGAAUCGGCGACGACUCAUCUUGGGUGCGGUGGAAGUGGGGCUGAGUUUUGGGGCAUUCUGUUGAGUCGACUCAGACUGAGUUGGUCCCGAGUUACACCGGUACAUGCCUUCAAAUUGCAGAAAAGUGGGGAGAGAAAGAGGGAUAUAGUUGGGUUUUCGAAACAGUGAAAUCUGCAAGUGUCCUCUUCAUCUGCGAGCUCCCAUUCCAGCAUAUUGUCCGUGAAAUUUCUCAGGAUUUCAAGCAUUCACUUGAUUAUCAUACCCGAUUAUGGUCCAGUUGACAGUAACGUCAGAGAAGAAGUCAUGGCAGGAGUUGCACCUGAAGGUUCCCAGUAUGAUGCUCGCCAGUAUGACAGCAAAAUGAGUGAAUUGCUUUCUGAGGAAGGAAGUGAUUUCUUCACUUCAUAUGACGAGGUUUAUGAAAGCUUCGAUAAAAUGGGUUUGGCAGAGAAUCUUCUUAGAGGAAUCUAUGCUUAUGGUUUCGAGAAACCUUCUGCUAUUCAACAGAGGGGAAUAAUCCCAUUCUGCAAGGGUCUUGAUGUUAUUCAGCAAGCCCAGUCUGGUUUUGGAUCUGAUCACGAGAAGGACUUUUUUUACAGCACUCCAAGCUGUUAUUCGAUGCAUCAAGUCCCCCCAGGAGUACUUGGAACAGGUAAAAUGAAAGGAAUUACAUUCAUAAAGGAUCCUGAUGGCUACUGGAUUGAAAUCUUUGAUCUUAAGACAAUUAGAAGUGUUGCUGCAGGUGCCUCUUGAGGCUUUCUUCCAGGUGGUUUUCUAUCAUUAAUCAUUUAUUAAGUCGUAUCCCAUAAAGGAAUAUAGAAAAUUUUCUAUGUGCGAAGGAAGUACGUCUUAUGUUGUUUUUUUCCUGAUGUUUUCUUUGUAUACAAAUAGCAUCUUAGUUCACUUAUCUUGUAAUAACGUACUCUUAAUUGAUUUAAUAUGCCCCCUUUUAUUUAAUUUUAUUUUUUUAAUAUGCCCCCUUUUAUUUAAUUUUUUUUUUAAUAGCGCAUUUGUUAGUCGUUGGGCAUGCCUGAGUUUUUCAUCCCUGGAUCAAGAUGUAGUGCACGCGAUGCGUGCAAUAAGUACGAGUCGACUUUUAGCUUAAUAUGCAAUAUUUCUUUUAAAGUUUGAAAACAUUCCUUAAGUUGUUUAGUUUAAUUUGUAAUACUUUCUUAAGGACAUGUAAUACUUCAUGAACAAUGUCGACUUUUAGCUUAAUUUGUAAUAUGAACUCGAUCUCUAGCUAGAUACCUUUGUUGUAGUAAUUUUAUGUUUGUUGUAACAUGUUGGUUGAUCUAUGACGAAUUUAAUUGCCUUUUAUUGGGAACGUUAAUUACGUUGUAAA